AUGUCUUCCAAUCAACAAUUGAGGGAGGAGCUCGAUGCCAGGGCAAGGAGAGGAGAGACAGUAAUCCCUGGAGGCACUGGGGGUAGAAGCCUUGAAGCCCAAGAACACCUGGCUGAAGGGAGGAGCCGUGGAGGACAGACAAGGAAGGAACAGCUAGGGACAGAGGGGUACCAAGAAAUGGGACGCAAGGGUGGGCUUAGCACCACGGAUGAGUCUGGUGGAGAACGCGCAGAGAGGGAGGGUAUCCCCAUCGACGAGUCAAAGUUCAAGACCAAGAGCUAA